AUGACGACCUGUGUGUACGGAUGCCGUAUUGUAUAUUCUGGCUCUUCAACUAUAGUGGACAACGAAAAUACGGGUAUUGGAAAAUCAGGCGCUAUAGUUCAAACACUUAUGAAGCCCUACCUUGGAAAGGGUCAUACACUUUUCGUCGACAAUAGGUAUACUAGUCCAGCGUUGUUCAAUUUAUUACAUAAUAAUCGUACAAAUGCUUGCGGAACCGUAAGGCAAAGGCGGAGCGGAAUUCCAAAGACAAAUGAGCGACUAAAAAAAGGGGAAGCAACUUUUCGCUCAUCUAAUAAUUUAUUAUUUAUAAAAUCGGUUGACAAGAGAGAAGUGUACAUGCUUUCCACCAUGCACACAGUAGAUUUUGUAACGGUCUCCAGACGUGGAGGAAAUCAAGUAGUUCAAAAACCGGUCUGCGUAAUAGAUUACAAUAAUUCGAUGGGUACCGUAGAUAGAGCAGAUAUGGUAGCACGACAUAAUCUUGUGAAAGUAAAGAAACGAUCAAAAAGGUAUUACGAUCAAAAAAUAAAUCCUCAAGUAUUAAAGGUGGAAGACGAAGUAUUUCUUUUAAAGGAAUCAACCUUAAAAUUUGGAAAUCAGAACAUUGACCCUCACAAAAUUCUAGAAAUGCUACCCCACAACAAUAUUAAAUUACAAGUUAAUGGAAAAACGAAGAUAUUUAAUUGUAACAAAUUAAGGAAAUCGAAAAUAAGUCAAACAAGUCAAACAUUAGAAUUUAAACUGUUUCAGAGACGUGGGAAAAAUAUUAGCAGUAGCGGUAACGAUGCUACUUAUGGUCAAAAUCUGUGCCGCCUUCCUGGGUUGGCCGGAUUUAUUUGCACUGGAACGCAAUACGUCGUCCCAUAUAGCACUUGGAACGACAUAGUAAUGCAAGAAUCGGUGAAGAUCAACCUAGAAGAAUACUUUGAACGGUAA